AUGCUUCCACUCAUUCUCCUCACCUCUCUCCUCACUACGGCCGUUGCCGCUAAUGAUCAUCCAGCUGGCCACGCCGACGGAGCCAAGCUGGCCGCAGCAACCUCCUCCCUGUGGACGACCAUCUACUUGACCGACGGCGUCACGGCGACCAUGGUCUUGCCAAUUCCUGCCUCCACUGCUGCUGCAACCCUACCAGUCUCGGCGCCGCCGCCGCCCCCACCACCACCACCAGCGGUCACCCCUCCCAUCGUGAGCCCUCCGCCCCUGGCCAGCCCUACCCUGGCGAAGCCGACCAUCGUCACCGCAGUGCCACCCACGGUCGUCACUGCGGCUGCUGGGCAGGUGGUCUGCGACGGGUCGGUGAUGGGCAUGGUUGUUGCCUGUGGGUUGGGCUUGCUGGCCCUGUGA